GCGGCUCCCGGCUGGCGGCGGCGCGCCCCCGGGCUGUGAAUGCGACUCGCCCCUCGGCCGCGCUCCCCGCCCGCCCGCCCGCCGGGACGUGGUAGGGGAUGCCCAGCUCCACUGCGAUGGCAGUUGGCGCGCUGUCCAGUUCCCUCCUGAUCACCUGCUGCCUGAUGGUGGCUCUGUGCAGUCCGAGCAUCCCGCUGGAGAAGCUGGCCCAGGCGCCGGAGCAGCCGGGCCAGGAGAAGCGCGAGCACGCGUCUCGGGACGGCCCGGGGCGGGUGAGCGAGCUCGGGCGCCCCGCGAGGGACGAGGGCGGCAGCGGCCGGGACUGGAAGAGCAAGGGCGGCCGCGGGCUCUCCGGCCGGGAGGCGUGGAGCAAGCAGAAGCAGGCCUGGGCCGCCCAGGGCGGGGGCGCAAAGGCCGGGGACCUGCAGGGCCGGCCCCGCGGGGACACCCCGCAGGGGGAGCCCCCGGCCGCCGCCGCCCAGGACGCGACCGGCCCGGACCUCGCGCCCACGCCGGAGCCGCCCGAGGAGUACGCGUACCCGGACUACCGCGGCAAGGGCUGCGUGGACGAGAGCGGCUUCGUGUAUGCCAUCGGGGAGAAGUUCGCGCCGGGCCCCUCGGCCUGCCCGUGCCUGUGCACCGAGGAGGGGCCGCUGUGCGCGCAGCCCGAAUGCCCGCGGCUGCACCCGCGCUGCAUCCACGUCGACACGAGCCAGUGCUGCCCGCAGUGCAAGGAGAGGAAGAACUACUGCGAGUUCCGGGGCAAGACCUACCAGACUCUGGAGGAGUUCGUGGUGUCUCCGUGUGAACGGUGCCGCUGCGAAGCCAACGGGGAGGUGCUGUGCACCGUGUCCGCGUGUCCUCAGACGGAGUGUGUGGACCCCGUGUACGAGCCUGACCAGUGCUGUCCCAUCUGCAAAAACGGCCCAAACUGCUUUGCGGAGACGGCGGUCAUCCCAGCUGGGAGAGAAGUCAAGACUGACGAGUGCACCAUCUGUCACUGCACUUACGAGGAGGGCACGUGGAGGAUCGAGAGGCAGGCCAUGUGCACGAGGCACGAGUGCCGGCAGAUGUAGACCCGGGACCGCAAACAAAAACAUAAACAAAAAAAAAAGUUUUUCUAGAACAUUUUACUGAUGGGAACAUUCUAGAUGAUGAC